CAAGUAUUCUCAAAAUAAAUAUGUUUGACGAUUAGUUGGUCCACUUAUGCGACUUUACGGUUACGACUAAAAUUUUUGCAGAUAUGAAAUAGCCUUAAUUCAACAAUAGUUAAGAAUAAUUUCCAUUUCAAGCAAUGCGACAGAUAAACUUUUCUUUUGCGAAUGAUUUUACUCGAUAAUAAAUUACACAAAUUUUUAUUUUCUAGUAAUAUGUGCUAAAACUUAAAACUUUUAUUUACCCUUCCGUUUAAUCUCUCAAAGCUUAUCGAAUUUUGCGAUUAACAUUUGGUCUUUCACGCGACUCCACAAUAUCUAUACGAAAAAAAUGAGAUCCUGUGAAUCUGUGAUUAAUAAAUCUAGUUUAACGCGACUGGAAGACGAUGCAGCAGGACGCCAGUAACAUUUCAAUACAGUAUGAGACUUUAACAUGCUCUGGCGAAGACCUGCUAUGUGAAGUACCUGUGGAAAAAGAAGACUGAAAAAUAUUUUGUUGUCGAUGGUUAAACAUGAAUUUUGCCGGCCACGUUUUGGUGCCUUUGUUUAUUCUUGCGUUAAUCGCAACCGCACGAUGCGAACUGUUGACAUUAGGUUUAGUCGGCUCCGUGGUAAGCGGCAUAGGUUAUUAUGUGUAUGAAAACUACAAGUGUACGUACCAGGAAUGCUGUACGGACGAAUAUAUUAAACCCGAUUUGGAUAAGCUGGAGUACAUGCUUACUGCUAAGCUGUACGGACAGCAAAUCGCUCACGAAACUAUCAUAACUGCACUACGAGGACACUUGGGAAGCAACAACUCGCCCAAGGCACUUGUUAUGAGUUUUCAUGGUACUCCAGGAACUGGCAAGAAUUAUGUGGCUCAAAUGAUCGCCACGGCAUUUUACAAAAAGGGCGUUGAGAGCCAAUAUUUUCACUUUUUCAACGGUCGCAACGACUUUCCCUUACAACAGAAAGUAGACGAGUACAAGGAGGAUCUGUAUAGGAUUAUUUCGAAGGGUUUGAAACAGUGCGAGAAAUCGAUGUUCGUGUUCGACGAGGUAGACAAGAUGCCAGAGAACCUGAUGAACGUGCUGGUGCCCUUCCUGGAUUACUACAGCUACCGCAAGUCGUCCAAGAGCAGCGAAUCCAUGAUUCAGAACAAAGCUAUUUUUAUAUUCCUCUCGAACACCGGCAGCACUCAGAUAGUGAAGCACCUGACAAGCCUGUGGGAACAGGGCAGGAAGCGGGACGACACCCGGUUGCAGGACUUUGAGAAGCUGAUAGCCGACGGGGCGUUCAAUGAGAAGGGUGGUUUCCAUCACAGUGACGCCAUACAGACUAACGUGAUCGACCAUUACGUGCCGUUCCUGCCCCUCGAGGAGGUGCACGUUAGAAAGUGCCUGCUGAGGAUUUUCUCGGAACGCGGCGUCCUGCCGACGAAAGAGAUGAUGGAGGAGGCACUGUCGCACUUGACCUUCGGCCCGGAACCGCAUAAUCUGUACUCGAUGGCCGGCUGCAAGAGAAUAGAACAGAAAGUUGCUGCCAUCGUGUACCGUAAACAGUCGGUACCUAGAACUGAUAAUUGAGAUAAUUUUUUGAUACGCUUAAGGAUUGAUAUUAAUAAAAUAGUGAUCGUGAGAGAAAAA